UUCAUCGAAACAUAACUGAAAAUAUUCUUGCCUCGUCUCCCAUUCAGGACACUUUCCAAGUUAUCCAACAUUCAUUUUUUAUUUAUUCUGACCUUCUACUGAAUUUUGGUCUUUUCAUCUCAUCAUGUCUACCAACGUGGAUUCGUAUCAAACCGAACCGUGGACGCAUUUACGAGAAUAUGUUUACACCCAAACUCAUUUUCCGAACACGAAAUGGUUUCCCGCCACUAUCGUUUGUCUGAUGCUUGCUCACGUCAUUACAAUGGUCGUUCACGUCGUUGGUGGUGUCAAAAGUUCUCGUGGAAAAGAACGGUCACUGUUCCUCAGAGACUCGCAAGGUUAUUAUCAUCCAAACCACCACAUCGCCAUGCCAUCAACGGUCAUGUUAUAUGCAGUCGCUUCAUGCCUGGCAAUGGGCUCCUUUUUAUAUGAUUAUCUUUCGAAGGCUGUUCAUGCACAAAGCAUCCUGUUUUACAGUCUAGGGGUGUCACUGGGUUUGAUGGUCCAUUGGCAGCAAAUCGUCCUAGUGGCAUACGCUUUGCCACCCUCCAAGUUCCGAUUCCUUCAACGUGCUAGUUGGAAAGCAGGUUUACACAGCCCCAGACGCCAUAUCCUGAGCUCUAGUCAUUUCAAUCUUCUCUUCGGUAUUGGCACGCUUCUCCCUUUCAUAUUACCGGCAGUGCCUGUGUUUUUAUCAUUCAACUGUGUCAGAGCGACAUUACUGAAAGGGAAGAUAUUGGAUGACCUUUGUGUGGAAUUGAUCGGUUUGUUAGAGCUUACCUCUACCUCAGCAGACAAUGAGAUCUUGGCUUCGGAGAAACGUAUGGCAGCACUAUCUCAACUCGCAGGACUUUCCAAAUCCCCCGAAGAGAUUUGGGGUUAUUACAAAUGGACUGCUGGAAUGUAUUGCAUCGUAGUUUGCUCACAAUCUGUUGCUGCCAUCUGGGUUCACAUCGCCAUUCUCCGACGUUUGUUUGCUCAAGUCAAAAUCGUGAAAGAUUGUUGGAUACAACGACAACGGCUCAGAUCAGAAUCAAAGUUCACAGGCGUUAAUGUCACGUAUCCUCCCGAUGAUCAACAAGACGCGCAUGUUGGCAUCAUAAAGAUGAAGAAUACCGGAGCUUCGAAUAACUUGAAAGCCUCGAAUAGCGAAUUUGUCAAUAAUUGGACAGAUUGGUUACCGAGUUACAAGAGUCCACCCAAUAUUUCACAGGAAGAAUGGAAGUCCGAUCUACUUGAUACCAACAAGAAAAACUGGGCGACAAAGGAAAAGAGCCUCAUGAAAGAACAGUAUAUCAUAUUGAGAGCUUAUGCAACAAACUACCUUUGGAUCACGAUUCUGAUCUUUAUAAUCGAAUUGACCUCCUUGCUAUUCACACUUUCAAUUUUGCUGAACUGGUAUGGCGUUCCUUAUAGACUAAGUCCUAUUCAGGCUAGUACGUGGAUAGUUGUAUGGGCAAAUUCAAUUUGGGGUUUAGCUCACAAUUUACGCCUCAUAUCUUUAUAACCAGUCUGCGAUAAACUUAUUAAUGAUUAUUGUUUAUCCCUCUUACAACGGCCAGGAGGUGGUCCAGGAUUUUUGCUGGGAAUUGUUGCAAAUCUAGUCGCAUUUUCUUCAACGCCACAACUGCCAAAGGAACCUGAGAACAGCCGGCGGCCCACGAAGUCCAUUCGAGAUUCUAUCAGCCUUUGACGAUACACCGGAUUGAAUUCAUUCGACAAACGACUAUAUAUCAGUAUGUAUAUCACAAGGAAAACGUGUUGUCCUGAAGGAUUACGUUUUCAGUCUUGUGAAGAAGACACGCCGUGGUUGGCCUCAUAGACCAUAUUACGAAGUAUCAGGAAACAUAAUUCAUGAUGCAAAUGUAACGUCCGUCGGAUUUGUGGGAAAAGAUUCCUGUCUCGCAUCUCACAUGAGGCCAAAUGACCAAUCAAUCAUUUCAUGUAUACGUUCACUUGCUCUUUUUACACUUCAUACACUCUCCCAUUUCACCGAAUUAGGUUCAUUCAAUGUCACACAUGAUUUUCUUGAAAAUCCUUCCUUGGACCAGUUCCACUUUCAUUAAUUCGCUGCUGAUCUUGAUCUGCCGACAAUUUACCAUGCUUCUAUAAUAUUUUAGAUUUUUGAUGUACCUUAUAUAAAGAGAAGGAAAUUUUAUUUAUUUGUGAUGAAUUUGGAUUGCCUAUCCGCCGCCCAAAAGCCACAAUUCAAAUUUCAUGUGUAG